AAUCUACGCCUUCCUCUGGUCCAACGCGUGCGAGCGUGUCGGCGGAGAGGCGAACGACGUAUGCAAAGAAUGAUUAAUACAAAUCCUUGACGCUCCCUCGGCAUUGCUCACGAGCACCUUGCCGCCGCUUGUCACGCUGUUCGCCUUCGAACAGGAUAUAAUAAGUCGUAGGCGUGCCGUCGCAUAAUUUCGCCCGAGGUGGCUUCUAUCGGUUUUCGCGACGUUCCGGAGACUGCGGAGAUCGCGCGGGCGUUAACGAGACGUAUCGCGACUAUCUUUCUGUCUACGCACGUAAACGCUCCUGAUAAUCACGUCGACGUCGCGCGAGCGUCUCCGGGAGAUCCGUCUCUCCGGAGAAGAUCGAUCCAGAUCGUCGUGCGCGACAACGACGACUACGACGACGACGACGACGCUGAUCGACGCUAACACCCUUGGAAAGCAGUUGGCACCAUCCGAGGAAAGUCGCACUUUCACACGCGCGAUUUCGCGAGAGAAGAAUGAAGGAUGUCCGCUCUUCCUCUCUCUCCUGAUCGCUCCUCCUCUUCCUCGUCGUCGUCGUUGAGUCUCCGUUUUCCUCCUCCUACUCCAACUCGUCAUCGUCGCUCACCACCUCGCGUAGGCACGUCGGCGGCACUUACAAUCGCACGUCGGCGCGAUCUCCCACGGAUUGCGCCAAUUCCCUUAUUCUCGAGCUUCCCCACUCGACGGCAGGUGUGUUUUCAUCCGCGCGGCGGUCCACGACGGCCCGACAGCCGUCUAGUGCAGUAUCAAGCAUCGCCACGGUGAGGUGUGAUUUGCGCGGGAUCGACCGACCGACCGACCGUCCGAUCUGAUUUUCCCCAGAAGCUUCUUCUUCUCCGAGAUUCUUGCGCGCCGUGGAAAGAAAUAUGAAGACCACCGGCGGUUGCACGCUCAUCCUCGUCUGCUCCGUCGCCGCGAUCCUCGUCGCGGUGCAAGCCAAGCCCACGAUCUACAAGAGGAACGAGGACAACGUCUUCGAGCCAGUUAUGGUGCCCGUGUCAUCCACGGUGAUUCCAUUGCCGGUCUACAAGGUGGGCUACGGCUUGGGCUUUGUAUCGAAGGAUAAAAAGAUGCAGUCGUCGUUCAAGCCGGAAGAUGGAAUCAAACUGAUAACUAUCAAGAAGACCCAGGAGAAGAAGACGUGAACGAAGGCGCUUAACUACACUGUCGAUGUCGAAUGCUAAUUCGCCGGAUGCGCGCAUCGCGUUUUACAAAGUAAACACUUCGCUCGCGUUAGAACGCGAUUUCGACGAGUUUUCUUACGGGCGCCAGUUUCUCGACUCAUGACUUGCAGAUUCGUUUCGGGCGACGGCAGAAAAUUUACACGGAGUUUAUUCUAUUUUAUCGGACAGAUUGAAACGGAAAACAACGCGAGCAAAACGCGAACACGCCUUGCACGCGCGCGCGUGCGUAUUAUCGUUAUCGCGAAUAACUCGUUAUGUUACAUCUAAUGUAGUUCGUUCCCUAAGAAGCUUCACACCAAAAAAAGGAAUAUACCUCUCCGCAACUGUUAAUUAAUGACUCCUGUCAUCGGAAAUAUACGUUACUACGUCU